GUACGCGUGUCUUUAGGUUUGAUCACCUCCAACAUCAUCACAUAAGAAGCCGUAUUCUAACACGCUUUAAACAACAAUCUAUUCAGCUCAUCUAGAUUGUUGCUGAUAUCCCACGUCAAUCAUAGAACGGUUCAACAAUCUGUGACAGAAAACCAAGGUUCUUCUCCGACAUCUUUUCUGAGAAGUACUCUUUCGCAAAUCAUUCGAUCGUCACUUUCUUCUGUCAUCGUCAAAUACAUUCUUAACAGCUGCGGCUGGCCCGCCAAAUUCAACUUUGAACAGCAAAGAUGCGUUCUUACAUUUCUAGAACAGCAACCUUUGCUUGGUCACCAUCCAAUAUCCCAAAUGCCGAACCUUUGAUCGUAACAGGAACGCUUUCAGGUGCAUUGGACGAGAGUUUCAGUAAUGACAGCUUAUUGGAAAUUUGGAAGCCAAACUAUGGCGCAGGCGAAGUUGUUCAACCGAUCGCUAAACUUGUUGUCGGAGCACGAUUCAACAGGCUAGCAUGGGGAUACGUUUGUGAAAAGUAUCCGAUGGGUGUGAUUGCAGCUGGACUGGAAAAUGGCGAAUUAAACCUAUGGGAUGCCAAAAAGAUGAUCGAUGGCGUCACGGAUGGAAGUGCUAGCGUUCUGAGAAACAAUCAACAUUCUGGACCAGUCAAAGGUUUGCACUUUAAUCCCAAGCAGCCCAAUUUACUCGCAAGUGGUGGUGUGAAUGGUGAAAUCUUUAUCUGGGAUCUCAGUAAUCCUGGUAAGCCAUUCUCACCCGGUGCACGCUCAUCAAAAUUGGACGAAAUCACCGCACUUAGCUGGAACGGUGAAGUACCGCACAUCUUGGCAACUUCCAGUAGCUCAGGCUAUACCGUCGUCUGGGAUUUGCGCAACAAGAAAGAACUAACCGCCUUGGCAUACGGUGGAGGUGCUGGCACAGCAGGAGGGAACACAAAUGGAAUGGCUCCCGGCGGUCCUUUAGCUAGUGGAGCAAGAAGAGGAAUGGGUGCUUUAUGCUGGCAUCCUGAACAACCUACUCGUUUGGCCACUGCGAGUGAUGACGAUGCCUCUCCUGUGGUAAUGCUCUGGGAUCUGAGAAAUUCAAGAGCUCCUGAAAAAGUUCUCUCAGGUCAUAAUGGCGGUAUUCUGUCUCUCUCAUGGUGCAAACAAGAUGCGGAUCUAUUGCUCUCUUGUGGUAAGGAUAACAGAACAAUUUGCUGGAAUCCGCAAUCCGGUCAAAAUGUUGGAGAACUACCUGCAAGCCAAAAUUGGAGCUAUGACGUGCAGUGGUGUCCCAAGAAUCCAAAUUUAGUCGCAGUUGCCAGCUUUGACGGUAGAAUCAACAUCAAUUCAGUGCAGGAUACAAAUCAACAAGAAACUCCGAUAGAUACAUCUGCUGCACCUACUGAUGUCAAUGACGUCUUUAACUCAUUGCCCGCACAAAGUGAAGCAAACAAUCGAGGAAUCUCGCUUACGCAGCCACCGAAAUGGCUCAAGAAACCCAUCAGUGCAACAUUUGCAUUUGGAGGCCAGCUUGUUUCCACCAGUAACUUGCCAGGGGAGAAGGGACACACACAAAGUGCAGUCGUGCAUCUUCGUGAUGUUGUCACUGAGCCAUCAAUUGCAGCGCGAGCCAAGAGACUGCAAGACGCAAUUGAUUCACAAAGCUUGGCUUCCUUCUGUGCCGAGCGAAGUAGCGAUCCUUCAACAAGACCAGAUGAUGUAGCCAAUUGGAAAGCGUUGCAAACACUCUUCCAGGCCGACAAUCGUGAUGAAUUGGUUACCCUACUUGGAUUCUCUAAAGAAGAAGUUGCUGCCAAGAUUUCAAGCUCAAUUGGAGCAUUCAAGCAGACGUCUGCUGUAACAGCUCCUGGACUCAGUGCUCCUGGUACACCAGGUCUCAAUGGAACAUCUGAAGCUGCUUUAGUGAACGAAGAUAUUGCAUCAACUGCAAAUGCAGUCAUUCCUGGAUUGGACGGUGACAUCAAUGCAGACAAAACACCUCCUGCCACGGCAGGCUUGGCAGAUGUUUCCGCACCAGCUUCAGACAUUGCUGAACCACCAACAGCUUUUGACUCUGAACCCAAUCCGUUCGAUGCUCAACAAAGCAGUGGUGGUGAUGCUGCCGAUCUGUUCAAUUCGCUAGGAUCUGCACCCGCCAAAUCAGCCGUCCCUGAUCAUUUGUUUGCUGGCACUACAACGGGUCCUACCGCAUCCGUGGCUGCAACAGCAGGAUCGCCGAGACCAUCCUCAAUCGCUUCUGAAAGUCUUCGUGCAAAUAAUUUCAGAAUUUAUCCUGAAAAUGAGUCAGAAUUUGACAAGCUGGUCACUCGAGCUUUGGUCCUUGGCGACUUCCAAUCUGCUGUUUCUUUGUGUCUAUCAACAGAUCGUCAUGCAGAUGCAAUCUUGUUGGCCGUUCGUGGUGGACCGGAAUUGUUGGCACGUACACAAAAGGCCUACUUUGAACGUAAGACGGCUUCUUUGCCUUACCUACGUUUGUUCCAGAGCAUCGUUAGCGACGAUUUGUCAGACAUUGUUCAAAAUGCUGAUUUGACUGAAUGGCAAGAGAUCUUUGUCGUCAUCUGCACUUUCGCCAAGCGCAACGAGGACUUUGUCAACCUUGCCGAACAGCUCGGUCAACGUCUCGAAUUCCAAUAUACUCAAACGCAAAAUAGCACCUCUGGAAAGACUUUCCGUAAGAACGCGGUAUUAUGCUAUUUGGCUGCUGGUAAACUCGAAAAGGUUGCAUCUAUGUGGAUUGACGAAAUGAAGGAAGAAGAAAAGGCAUUGCAGCAUGGUCAAGUGAAUGGAACGUCAAUAAAUGCUGAAUCAACAAGCUUAUACUCUGCUCAUGCAGAAGCAUUGCAGUCAUUUAUGGAGAAGAUUAUCGUAUUCCAAAGUGCAGUGAAUUAUGUCGAUGUGGAUAUUGCUCAAGUUGCUUCAAGUGAAGAAAUGGCUGCAGCACGAACAUACAAACUAGCACCUUUGUACGAUCGCAUUCUAGAGUAUGUUGACCUUUUGGCAGAUCAAGGAUUGGUUGCUCCUGCUCUCAAGUACAUCAAUCAAACACCAUUGGACUAUCAUGUCGGAACAGAAAAUAUCAGCGGAUUGGCUCGCGAACGUUUACGUCUUGCCGAUCAAGCAAAGACAGGCGGUCAAGGAGCUGCUGCCGUUACCGCUGCUGCCAAUAACUCUGCUUCGGUAUUUGCAGCCGCUGCUGCUGGAGCUCCAGUCUCUACAAAUGCGUAUGCCCCCGCAGCUGUUAAUAAUACUGCUGCAUCGUAUGAUCCAUACGGUCAAAGCGUCAACUCUGGUUACCGAUCGUAUGGAGCAAGUAACACAUACGAUCCAUACGGUCAAGCAUCUGCAAAUGCUGCUCCCGCUCCAUCUGCAUAUGCACCUCCAGUGCAAGCCAAUGUUCCACCAGCAUUGCAACAACAACCGAUUCAAAGUCAAUCAGCCUAUGCUCCUGUUCAACCUUUGGUAGCCGCACCACCGCCACCAGUCAUUGGAGCUCCAGAUGUGCAGUCCAACUUUGCUCCACCAGCAGGAUCGUAUGGUCAUCAAUCUACGCUAGCAGCUGCUCCACCGCCACCACCGCCAAAGAAGCCAGAUGGGGGGUGGAACGAUAUUCCCAGCAAUUUGGCUCCUAAGCGUACAACAAGUGCAAUGAGUAACAAAUCAUCAGCUCAGCCAAUCACCAGUCCAUUCCCAAAUGCACCUGCAUACAAUAAUGCAAGUUCUACGCCUCCAAUGCAACCUUCUUAUGGUGGCGCUCAACAAGGUGCAGGCACGGGAGCUGUUCCACCUCCACCAAGAGGUAUUCAACCGCCUCGUGGAAUGAUGAGUCCACCUCCAGGAGGUGCUGGCGGACCUUACGGUAGACCUGGAUCUGGUCUUGGAGCACCUUUUGCGCCUCAACAACAGGGAAUGCGUCCACCACCACCACAAAAUGCUGGACCACCUCCAAGAGGUAGCACACCGGGCGGAGUACGACCAGGACCUGGUGGAGGACAGCCGUCAUACCAACAAUCACAGCAGCCACCACAACAAGCACAAAGUGGACCUUAUGCACCCGGACCUGGACAAGUCUCCGUUCCACCACCACCUGGACCUCUUGGACCUGGUCAACAAUCUGGAUUUGGCGGUCCGAUGGGUCAACAACCACCACCUUCACAAUAUGGUGGAGCUCCGCAACAUCAACAAGGACCACCAGGCAGCGGAUUUGCUCGUCCUCCGAUGCCUGCAAUUCCACCUUCAGGUCCACCCUCAAAUGUGCCUCUUCGAUCCACGACACCCGGUGCAGGAGCAGGUGCACCUCCGAACAGAAGUGCAACACCUGCCAAACCAGCGACCAAAUAUCCACCAGGCGAUCGCUCACAUAUUCCCGAUAAUGCAAAACCGAUCUUGCAAACCUUGUCAAAGGAAUUGGCAAGAUUCAAAUCUAUCACGCCACCUGCACAAAAGAGAAUGGCCGAUGAUGUGGAUAAACGUGUAAAUUUGUUGUUGGAUUUGCUCAAUUGUGGAACUUUGGAUGCUCGUACGGUUCAAGCACUGAUUGGAAUUUGUCAAGCGAUCGAUGCACGUAAUCAACAAGCAGCAUUGUCGCAAUACGUUCAAUUGGCGUCUUCAUCUUCUGGUGAUGUGGCAACAGCCUUGUUUGGAUUGAAGCAAGUGAUUUCCAAAUUGAACCAAUAGACAAAGUCGUUUUAAAUUAUAAUCAAGAUUGUUUCCACUUGUAUGCCUUAUGUGUUGUUAAGAGAUGCGGUAAAAUGAAAUACGAAAAAGUUUCCCUACAGAAUCGUCCUCAAUGUUUGAAAUAUGUGAAACAUUAAAAUUACAGAUGCAUAUUGUAGAGC